GGGUGCCUACUAUGGGGGAGCAGGGUAGUGGUCCCCCCCCCCUCUACAGAAACGGGUCUUAGAAUCACUCCACGAAACACACCCAGGCAUAGUGAGAAUGAAGGCCCUGGCCAGGAGCUACGUAUGGUGGCCGGGGAUGGACGGGGAGAUAGAGAACUGGGUCCGGAGAUGCAGCACAUGCCAGGAGUCGCGGCCGGACCCACCCAGUGCCCCGGCUACACGGUGGGAGACCACAAGGAAACCGUGGUCCCGGCUCCACAUUGAUUUUGCCGGGCCGUUCCAGGGACAGAUCUUCCUAAUCAUUGUGGAUGCAUACACAAAAUGGUUAGAGGUCGUUCCCGUAGGGUCUACCUCGUCAGCAGCAGCCAUUAGAGCAUUACGCAGGGUCCUGUGCACCCACGGUAUUCCGGACACCAUAGUCUCGGACAACGGGGCAGCGUUCACCUCGGGGGACUUCCAGGCGUUCCUCCAGAGGUACCUCAUUAGACACAUCCGGUCAGCCCCCUUCCACCCGGCCACCAACGGCCAGGCCGAGCGGAUGGUCCGAACAACAAAAGAGGCCCUGGGAAGGAUAGUGCAAGGCGAUUGGGACCACCGGCUAGCCGCGUUCCUCUUCGACAACCGGGUCAUCCCAAACCCAGUCACCGGGGUCAGCCCAGCCGAGCUCCUCAUGGGGCGCAAGCUCACCACAAGGCUAGAUCGGCUAAACCCCGACAGAGCCCCCGACGUGCGAGGGUCACCGGAGAUCUGUGUGAUUGCUGAUAAUUGUGUUUCCUGUAUGUUUGAGUGA